UUAGAUGGCAUCCUGUCCAGUAGAUGGAGCCAGUGCUCCUGAUUAUUUAUCAGUUUGACUCAUUGGCAAAAGAGGAAGAACACAGCUGUAACAUGGGUUCCUGUGAGCUCACAGAGAAGUUUGUGUGUCACAUUUUACACCAAACCUACAAAACAACUAAAUUACAUGAUUGGCCAUCCGUUACCAUCAUAUAAUUGUUGGUCUUGAUUGACUGACAAUAUGGCUGCCAUCUCACCCGUUCCUGUCACAGAUUCUGUCUGCUAUCUUUGCACUUCUCCUUUAAAAGACUCUGUUGUUCUAAGAUGUUGCCACAGCUUGUGCAAAAACUGUCUACAAAGCUACUGGGAGCUCAACAAGUCCCUGACGUGUCCUGUUUGUUUGAGGGAUACACACUGUUCUGUUCCUCUACAUCAUUUAAGUAUUUCUCACUUUGCCUCAGAGGACGAAUCCUCUCAAGACAGAAACUUCAAACCACCCCAUGUGGGGAAUGCAGAAAGUGGAAUGUCAGUGAAGAAGGACCUAUCAGAGAUAAUGAGCACUAUGGUCAGCAUCAAGACAGAAGAGGACAUUAGUACCAUGGUCCAGAUAUUGAUGGAGGUCAAAAAUGAACAGGUUGAAAAAAACAUAUCAGCAAACAUAGGAGAAAACCUUAUACACGGACAUACAAUUGAGGACAUUGCGUCUGUGAAGAUGGAGCAGUGCAAAGAAACCAGUGAUGAGGAAAUGCAUACAGACAUGAUAGCACAUGACACCAUUCCUGCGUCCAGUUCCGUCUUAACGAAACCUAGUGACUCAACAGAGAAUCCUCAUCCACCACCCACAAAUACUUCCAGAUCAUUAAGAUCCAACCUUUGUCCAAAAUGUGGCAAGAGCUUCAAAAGAAAAUCGGACCUCAAAGCCCAUGAGAAGGUGCACUCCUUGAAGAAAUCACACCAGUGCUCCACUUGCGGAAAGAGUUACGUCGGUAAACAUGAGCUUUCCUUGCACGUGCGGCUGCAUACGGGUGAGAAGGUGUUGGACUGCCCUUACUGCAAGAAAAGGUUUGUCAGGGAGAGUGGAUUGAAGUCCCACAUAAGGAGCCACACUGGGGAGAAGCCGUUCUCUUGCUCACAAUGUGGGAAAAGCUUUUCUCGAAGAAGUACCCUAACUACUCACCUGCGGUUGCACCUAGGCCCCCUGCCCCACCAGUGCGACCAUUGUGGGAAGCUUUUCAAUACCGCGGCAGCUAUGAGAGUCCACAGGGCUACUCAUACCGGAGAGAGGCCAUUUCCGUGUCCGCAAUGUGACAAGAAGUUCAUCAACAAAGCUGAACUGGAUGUACACCUGCAUAGCCAUGCAGGGAACAAGCCGUUCAGCUGUUCAGUGUGUGGGAAGAGUUUCCUGAGGAAGCAUGAACUCACCAUUCAUCAGACCAUUCACAAAGACAUCCGUCCAUUUCAUUGCACUCACUGCGAGAGCAGCUUCAAAAGGAUGAGCCAUCUCACGUCGCACUUGAAGAUCCAUUACUCCGACACCCCUUACAAAUGCACGCACUGCGGCAAGCCCUUCAAACAUCCCAACAGCCUCAAAAUGCAUGAGCGUCUUCACACUGGAGAAAAACCCUACAGUUGUGAACACUGCGGGAAAAGGUUCCCUUCUUCGGGAGAUCGCUCUAGACACCUGGCCGUACAUUCUGAGGAGAAAUUGUACAAGUGCCCGAAGUGUGAAAAGAGGUUUCGCUUCAAGAACAGUCUGAGGUCCCACCAGGUCACACACACUGGAGAAAGACCUUACCACUGCAAGAAGUGCGGUAGGAGCUUCGCAAGGAUUGCGAAUCUCAAAAACCAUAAGGUGGUACAUACCGACGAAAGAUGUUACAGUUGUUCUCAGUGCGGUCUGGCUUUCAAGUCCACCUCUACACUCAGGAGUCACCUGAUAAUCCAUUCCAGCAAGUCCCUGUUAAACUGCACCACCUGUGGCAAAACCUUCACUCGCCACGACACCUUCAAAAGACAUCAAGACAUUCAUGCGGGGAUCAUAGUCCACAAGUGCUCAGAGUGUGGAAAAUGCCUGAGCUCAGCAAGUUGCCUGAAGCUGCACAUGCAGGGUCACUCCGGGAAGAAGAAAAUGUACUACUGCGAUGAAUGUGAAAAGAGCUUCAGUUCCGCAUCCUAUCUGCAAAAGCACCGGCAGAUCGCACACACCGACGAGAGGCCGUAUGCUUGCUUUGAGUGCGGGGAGAGCUUUAACACAGACGGGAAACUGGUUACUCACCAACUACAGCAUUCAGGAGGACAGAUGGAGCAUGUUUGCUCCCAUUGUGGGAAGAAGUUUGCCCGGAAAGAGACACUAAGACGACAUGAGAAGAUUCACUCUGAUAAGAGGCCUCACCAGUGCUCAGAGUGUGGGAAAGGAUUUACGAGGAGCGAUCGACUUAAACAGCAUCAGAGAACACAUGCAAAGAUGAAUUAAAUGGAUGUGAUAUUUUCAUUUUGAGUUCUACUAGGUUGCCUGUUAAUAUGCAACAUUUUCUUUUGCUAUUGAAUCAUCCUUUGUCCAUGCAUUUUUGGACCCCACUUGAGUUUACUUGAAUGGUACUUUGUAUUAGUGGCACUAGAUGGCAGUCUGUGCUUUUGAGACAUAAUUGAGUGAAUUGUAGUACUAAAAAGGUGACUGAAAACCCAAUGUUGCAGAACCUUCUCUAAAAUCAUGAAACAAAAUGACAUUUCAAUGUUAAGGUAAAAGACAGAAGGUAAUAUGUAUGUUAUGUUGUGGUUUUGUUUUGUUUCAGUGUUCUGUCAUUAAAGACAAUUAUGUACUGA